GAGAAGUAGCAGGGCUCCGAAGGCCUGGAUCGAAGUGGGUUCCUCCAGCGAUCGGUUCGCGGCACGGGCUUUGAUGCAGCAGGAGUGGUCGAGGUGACCCCUCGUCGGAGCUCCGGCUGUGGAGGGCUACCGUGAGUACACGGCGGUCUGUUUCGGCAGCGUCGGACGGAGUCCGUGCUCUCGCGAGGGUUCGUGCGGUGGUCGCGAAGUUCUGGUGAAGCUUACGGUGUCCUCGGUGUCGAUUUCAAGUUUUGGUUCGUUACGGUAGGGGGUUUCUGCAAAAGAGUGAUGAUCUUGGGCUUUGGAAGUUGGAUUGUGCCCCGUCCUUGCUUGAUUUGGGUGGAAACGGUGGGGUUUUUCCUGUGCUCACCGAGAUCUGUGGAUAGGAAAGGAGGGGUGUUGUGAAAAGGUUGUUACUUUUUCGAGGAAAAGAGAGGAUUUUUAGCUCGGGAAGUUGGACUGAGCCCCAUCCCUGUUUGAUUCGUUGGGCAAGGAGAGGUUUCCAUGUCGGGGGCGCCCAAGGUGCGGUCCAUGAAUGUUGACGAACCGGAGGCGAAGCCGGUGCUCGGGCCUGCCGGGAACAAGGCUAGGUUGGUGGUUGCGGCUCGGAAGACUGGUUUGAAGUCCUCGAGGAAGGCGGAGAAAGUGGAGCCGGAGCUUUUAGAUGAGAAGCAGUCUUCAACUUCUCUCGCCGAUUCAUCAUCGCCGUCUCUUAAUGCUGCUUCGGCGUUGAGAAGGCACGAACUACUUCUGCGGUCCAACUUGUCGCUUAAUGCUUCAUGCUGCUCGGAUGCUUCUGUGGACUCAUUCUGUAGCCGGGCGUCUACUGGGAGGAUCGGAAGUUCAAGCUUCUUGAGGAGGCCGAGGCGGAUCGUUUCAAAGCCAGAGAAGAUUGGCGUGAGGCUGGAAAAGAUGGUUCCUGAUGGUACGACAAUGCCGCCACCGGAGUACUUGGAUGGGAAGAGGAGGUGCGCCUGGGUGACUCCAAAUACUGAUCCUUGUUAUGCUGUUUUCCAUGACGAAGAGUGGGGGGUACCAGUUCAUGAUGACAAGAAACUAUUUGAGUUGCUUUCAUUGUCAGGUGCAUUGGCUGAACAUACUUGGCCUGCAAUUCUGAGCAAGAGGCACCUUUUUAGGGAGGUUUUCAUGGAUUUCGACCCAACAUUGGUCUCCAAGCUCAAUGAGAAAAAAAUCAUAGUCCCAGGAAGCACUGCAAACUCCUUAUUGUCAGAGCCAAAAUUGCGGGCCAUCAUUGAAAAUGCACCCCAAGUAAUAAAGAUCAUAGAGGAGUUCGGAUCAUUUGAUAGAUAUUGUUGGAGCUUUGUGAACCACAAACCCAUCUCGAGCAGAUUCCGAAACUCACGUCAGGUCCCUGUAAAAUCUGCUAAAGCAGAUGCUAUAAGCAAAGACCUGAUGCGGAGGGGUUUAAGGAGUGUCGGUCCAACAGUCAUCUAUUCCUUCAUGCAAGCCUCGGGUAUAACCAAUGAUCACGUUGUAACCUGUUACAGAUUCAAAGAAUGUGCAGCUACUAACUUAUCAACGGAUGGGGGAGAAGGGAAUUUGGUUAAUGCUAAUCAUAAGGUGGAAGAGAAUAUAAUUGGAAGCGAGGAGGCAGGUGGUGUUGAUUUGGAAUUGCCAACAGCAGCGGCGGACAGACUGAACAUUUCAUAGCGACUACAGGGAGGUCUGUGGGGGUUAAUAAUUUGUAACUUGAUUCUGGAAGGUGGUUUUGUGCUUUCUCGAGGGAGAGAAGCCCUUGUGUAUGAUUAUGCACUAACUUUAUGCAAUAUGUUGGAUGUAGAGUGUUUAAAAUGCAUUGUUGAUUUGGUUA